AAUUUAAGGAUGUCUGACGAAUAAAUAGCUAACGAAUUAGAUGAUCUAGAAAAGAACCAAGUCAAAGUGAAGUUCCCCAAAUAAUCCCUGAUUUCUUUGAUACACGAUAAGAUUGUGUCAGUAAAUCAUGUAACAACUCUAUUUGACUGAAAUCUUAGAUAAGCCAAUCUGAAUUUGAAGAUAAACACGAAACCCACUUAGGUAUAACUCCAGGGAGAAGUGAAAGAGAGUCUUUCUGUAAAUCCAAAAAUGGCUCCGCACUAUUUUUCAGGGAGGAUUUAGGAAGAUCUAGGAUUAGUGAUUUUGAUCCAACUUCAAUCAAAUAUAGAGUACAUAUUAAUUGAUACUUAUUCAGACCUAACCUCAUGAAGUCCACUUCAGAAUCAAAACAUUCAUUAAGUAUUUCACACUCAGAAUUUUAUUCUCUAUUUUUGGACCAUUAACGCUGAUUUAUGGACUAUUUGACAAAAAAUGGAUAAGCUUUAUGAGCAAUUUCAGAAUUUAUGGAUGUUCAUAGGCAACAGCUUUCAACUAUUUUUGUUGGAUAUCUAAUUAUGCAUUUUUGUUCUCCUUUGUUUAUUACGUUGGGAACUAUGGAUUUAGAAUGAUGCAUUACGAACUUGUAUUCUUUGGUAUCCUCUUCAUAACAGAGAAUGUUGCCUAUGCUAUGAAUUUUUCCUUCUUCCACCCUUCCAAAUUGAACCUCAUGGAAAGAUUUGACAUCAGUGUUGUUGGAGAAUUAUGUUAGGAGAGUCUAAACCCAUAUAAUUGGACAUAGCAAACAACACCAAUUAUAAAUAAGGAGUUUGAAUAAUCAAUAAAGAGACACCAGAUUGAACCAACUUCUUUUCUGCUAUAUUUUAUGAUUGCACCCAAACCAGAAAGAUUGAAGCGAAUUUAAGUUGAAAAUCUAAAUAAAGCUCAUAAACAGUACGAGGAAAUAGCAGCAAAUUGUACAUCAAUGGCAAGAGAAAUUGUCCAAGAAUUCAAUUAGAAAUGCAAUCUUCGUUUCAUUAAUUAAUUCUCAAUCUUUGUUGCAUUAGUAAGAGUAGCAGCCUAUGUCUUUAUUAUGACCUUUUGUCAUGAAUCUGUGAAGGGUUACGGUAUAGCUGUGUAAAUGUGCAUUUUCUAAUUUAUGUACAUCUACUUGUUGACUGGCUUGAUGAUGAUCACUUAUCGAGACUUAAGAAGAAAGGUCUUUGCCAUGACUCAACUAUCCCACCUAAUUUCAGCAGAGAAAGUGGAAGUGUAUUAGGAAUCUAAAAUGUUCCCGACUCUCAAUCUAUUGUGUUGUGUCUCUUUAUAUUCUUGGGUCAAUCUGAGAAAAAUGAUUCUCGAUUAUGGAUUGCAAUACACAAUGAGACAAUCCUUCAUGUUGUCCUUUAUAAUGAUUCUCAAUGCGAUCAUGAUGGCCAUUAUGACUUUCCUCUUUUAUUUGGAAGCCGUUACUAUCAAUAGUGUACUCUAAUAGACUGUUGACUUUGUGAUCAUUGCAUCGAUAUCAAUCGCUCUGGUAUUGCAAGGAGCCAGAAUCAAUGCUCAUUGGAGCAUUCAUAGAGGAUUAUUGCGUAAAAACCUAUUCCUUAUCCAAUAAUUGGCAUAUCAAAUCUUUAAGUCUUUGGAUUACACCUUCAAACCUGAAGAUCCAGUUUUUACUGUAACUAGUAUCAAUAUUUUAGGCAUUUCAAAAACUGCUUGAAACUGCUACUGUGGAAAGUGCACUUCAAGAUGACCAAUUUCUGAAUUACUCCAUGUUCUGUAUUCAUUCAAUCCAAAAUGUGGUAAAUAAAUAUUCACUACUUUUUUAGUAUGAAGAUUUGGGUCACCAAGAGAAAUCUCAACCGUAUACAGUUAUGGGAAUAGCCAUGACAUAUAAAUUACUUUUAUAAGUAUGUAUUAGUGCGUUGGGAUUGAUCGGAACCUCGGGGUUAAACUUCAUUUUAUAAGUGUCUAGUUGA